AUGCGGCUAUGCAUUGACUAUAGGGAAUUAAAUCAAGUUACAGUGAAGAACAAAUACCCCCUCCCUCGAAUAGAUGAUUUGUUUGACCAUCUCAAAGGAACAGGUGUGUUUUCAAAAAUUGACUUGAGAUCCGGAUAUCAUCAAAUAAAGGUAGCCAAUCAGGACAACCCUAAGACCGCCUUCCGAACUCGCUACGAUCACUACGAGUUCAUGGUAAUGCCUUUCGGAUUGACCAACGCCCCCGUAGUAUUCAUGGACUUCAUGAACCGCGUGUUUCGCCCCUACUUGGAUGAAUUCGUGAUCGUGUUCAUUGACGACAUCUUUUGGUCUACUCUCGAAACAAGGAAGAACAUGAGAAACAUCUACGAACCAUAUUACAAACGCUAA